AAAAAAAAAAACGAGAAAAAGAAAAGGGAACUAAACGCAUUGUGCUUCUUCUUCUACCUCGCCUCAACUCGACGGCUUCUCACAGCAAGCAGAGAACAAACAUCUCAACCAUUUUAUUUUCAUCUCAGACUCAAAUAAUCAACUUCGCAUUUACUUUUUUAUCCCUUCUUUCAACCAAAUUUAGGGUUUUUAAAGCACCUAAAACCACUAUGCUAAACCUAAAUUCACGACUAACUAGAGUAGCAAUUUCCAUCGCUAAAAGGCUCUCCACAAGGGAUUAUACGUCCAUAUGUAGAGCAGGAUGUACUCGUAGCACGCGAAAUUAUUGCCUCCAACCUUCGUUUCAACAAAAUUUGUUGACUAAUUUAUACAAGGGAGUCAUGUUUGAAAAGCAUAGUUUCCUGUCGACAACGGCAUCUAACAACACAGCUGAGGGUGGGAGUGAAGAAACGGAAAUGAUAUCUGUGACUUUUGUUGAUAAGGAUGGUGAGGAACAUCUUAUAAAAGUUCCUAUUGGAAUGUCUAUGCUAGAAGCUGCUCAUGAAAACGACAUUGAACUUGAAGGAGCAUGUGAGGGCUCGCUUGCCUGUUCAACUUGCCAUGUUAUAGUCAUGGAUGUAGAAUAUUACAAUAAAUUAGAAGAUCCUACUGACGAGGAAAAUGACAUGUUGGAUCUAGCUUUUGGGCUAUGUGAAACAUCACGUCUCGGUUGCCAAGUGAUUGCUAAACCUGAACUUGAUGGAGUCCGUUUAGCUCUUCCUGCUGCCACUCGGAAUUUUGCUGUUGAUGGUUACGUGCCGAAACCACACUAGUUACCACUUGAAUUUUCUGGGUGCAAACUAUCUCAGUUUUGUAGCUUCACACCGAGUUAGAUAAAGGGUCAUUUAUUUAUCUUAGGCAUUUUUUGGUACCGAGUUUAGUCGUGAUCACCGAGCUACUCUGUAUGCCAGACCAGAGAGAAUGAGGUGGAAUUUCCUCAUGCUACAAAUUGCUUGCCAAUAAACUACUUGUAUUUUAUUAUACUACCAGUGAAUUCGUCUUUAACA